AUGAAUUCUCAUCACUAUAGCAAGGUUUUGGCCCAAGCCAAAGCCUCCAUUCUUCCCUCUCUGGCCACUGUUUCCUGGUCUGUGGCCACGGCCACCACCUGCAACUGUCCCACCUCCACCUCCACGUCCACCAACAUCAAGCCCAACCACAACUCCAAGCACAACCCCAAGCACAACCCCAACCCCAGGCACUCAGUCCCCCCAGACCACAGUUGCUGCUACCACUGCGCCGCGAGGAGACAACAGGAAAUGAUUACUGUGAUCCUCUUGUCAUGUGUCAGCGUAGUGUCUGCAGCACCAGCAGCAUCUGUCCAACCUAAUGUCCUUCCUCCCCAGCUGUCACAAGGAGGAGCCAAUCAAGCUCAACGACUUCAGCCUGUUGAAGCCUCAAACCAGAAACCCCAAGCUCAGACUCCAGCGCCGCUGUACCCCAGCCUGGAGCAACCACAGCCUGGGCCCCCCCAGCCACUGGGUCCCCAGGGUGGCCCCCAGCUUGUUCCCUCACUGCAACAUUACACCUGGUCUCCAUUAGGAGAUAGGAUGAUGAUCGUCCCCCUACAGCUGAGCAUGCAUGGAUCUCAGCCUGCUACCCAGGCGGUACUCCCACAGCAGCCGCUGAUUUUCCCUCCUUAUGGAUACUUCCCUCUGUUUUCGCCACCAUACAGAAAUCAGCUGUUCUCCCCAUAUGGAUUCCCAAUGAUUCUUGAAACACCUCUCCCACAAACUCCAGCAAAUCAGUCUCCAAACGCUCCAGUCUCUCCUGCAGAAACACCCUCUGGAGCCGCUCCUUCGGGAGAUGCACCUCAACCAAUGCAGCAACAACAGAAUCCUCAGAUUGUAUACAUGCUCCAGCAACCCAUGAGCUCUCCACUUGGCAGUCUUAGCUCAGAGGAGCUUGAGAUGGCAGCUAAAAUGGCCCAGCUGGGUGUGUACGUGCCCUCAGUACUCACAAACCUGCCCACAGGGGCCGUCCAACAUGUGAGCCAGGCCGCAGGGCUCACAAACCCAGGUCAGGGAGGCGUAGCGCCGACUAUGGUGACCUCACCAGCCGCUGUCCCACAGGCGCAGGGGCUGGCCAGCACUGGAGCACAGCCAAACAGUAACAGUUUCCCUGUAGGUCUGGAGAGAGCAGCGCUGGAGGCAGCCACCGUCCAGACACCUGUGCAACCCAGGCUCCAACCCACACAGGGAAACCAUGUCUGAGACUGCAGACACCGGCAGAGAUAACUAUAAGGAGAAAAAAAACAAAACACAGUACUAAUGAAAACUAACAAUGAAGUUUCUCAUAUUUAAUCUUAGCAUUUUACAUAAUGGACAUUUUAUUUUCUUACCAUCAUUGUUUUUUUUCUUUUCAGUGAAUAAUAUCUAGUAAAAAUGAGCAAAGAUGAAUAAAAUCUGAAAUGUUUCUGUUUGAAGUGAUUGUUUUUGUGAUUUGGUUUUAAUACAUCCUUUUAUCAAAUUGGCAUUAACAAUUUUUUUGACCAUUUAGGUGCAGCAGAAUCAAGCUGUAAGCAACACUGACGUCACCUUUUAAGU